AUUGGCACAAGCUCAGCACAGAAGUCAGAAUGUUGGGCAGCAAGGCGGACACAGCUCUACGCUUUGCAAGGGUCAAAGAGGCAGCUGUGGGAAGCCCAGAAUCGAAAUGUCCAGCUUAAGUGAGCCACACGCAAAGUGGACAAUUGAUCAAAUUGAGGCCUGUUGAAUGCUUUGACUGAGCCUUGGGAGACUGAUGAGGUAACUCGAGCGAGCUGUCCAGGGAGCUGGCUUGGGGAGCACUUGGGAGAAGCUCUUGUGAGUCUCGCAGUGCAGCUGCAACUUUGGCAGGGUAAGGUGUGGCUCUCACUGCAUGGGGCCGGAUGUGUUCCCCAUGAAUGGGUCAGCUGGGGAGGGGGAGGUGCUGGUCCUGUUCGAUGCAGUCAAAAGAGAGACAUACACACCCACUAGUGGUUUCAAACAACUCUCGCGGCGCUUACGGGGUAUCUUCAAAGCUCAGCAGAACAAGGAUGAGCUGACGGCGGAGCGACUGGCGGAUGCGUCAAUCGUGGUCUUUGGGAGCCCGCGCGAGGACUUCUCUGCAACGGAGGUGGACGUCCUGCACCGCUUUGUUGCGGAGGGCGGCAGCCUGCUGUUUCUGGUGGGGGAGGGCGGCGACGAGCGCGCGGGCAGCGGGGUGAAUGCGGUCACAGAGGGGCUGGGCAUCGCGGUCAACGCUGACAGCGUGGUGCGCACCGUGUUUCACAAGUACCCCCACCCCAAGGAGGUCCUCAUCACCGACGGGCUGCUCAACCGCGCACUUGCCACCGGCGGCGGCAGAUCUGGGCGAGGAGGGGAGAGCACUCUAAGCGGGGGGCAGCAUGCCAAGUGGCUGAACGAGGGCGGCGUGGACGGCCACGGCCCGAGCGCGAGCGGCGCUCUGCCGCUGGUCUACCCGCAGGGAUGCACGCUCACAGUACAACGGCCGGCCGUGCCCAUCCUGUCCACCGGCAAGAUUGCAUACCCAAUGCACCGCCCGAUUGGUGCGGUGUGGCAGGGCCAGGCGGGGCAGGGCCGCGUGGCGGUGCUGGGCAGCGCGCUCAUGUUCUCGGACGCGUGGCUGGACAAGGAGGAGAACGGCAAGCUUGCUGACUUCCUCUUCCGCUGGCUCCUGCCCGAGGGCGGACUCGAGCUGCACGCGCGCGACGCGGAGGAGCCCGACGUGUCGGGCGAGGCGGUGUCGCUGCCGGACAUGGCGGCGCUGGCGGGGCGUGUGCGCGCGUGCUUGCAGGAGGGCGACGACGUGCCGCGCGACCUGCCCGCGCUCGUGCAGGACCGCCUCUUCGGCCUCGACACCGCGCUCAUCCCGGAGGCCACGCAGCUCUACGCCAAGCUCGCCGUCAAGCACGCGCCGCUCACGCUCAUCCACCCCAACUUCGAGACGCCGCUUCCGCCCCUCCAGCCCGCGGUGUUCCCGCCCGCCCUUCACGAGCCUCCCCCCCCAGCUCUCGAACUUUUCGACCUGGACGAGUCCUUUGCGGGCCAGGCCGUGCGGCUAGCAUCGCUCACCAACAAGUGUCUGGAGGGGACGGAGGAAGAUCUGCUUUUCUAUGCAAUAGAAGGCUCGGCGAUCUGCGGCGUAACGCCCAAGGGAAUUGGCGCGUCCGAGGAAGCAAGCGUUCAUACAGCCAAGGCGCUCUUGGCGCAUAUAAUGAAGCAACUAGUAACGUACAAAAAACUGACUCCUGGGGAAGCCGGUUGAACACAAGUCUGACAAUCUGCUCCUGUCGUCGAUUGCCGGGGGGCAGGGGUGGUCGAUUCUUCAGGCUUGGGAUGUUCGGAGGUCUUUAAUCCUGCAUGCUGUCCGUCUUUCCAUGUAGGCUCAACGGUUGUAAGCGUUGCAAAUCGCACAUCACUGAGCCUGCAGGCAUCCAAAGAG